AUGGCCGACAGUGAUUUGCAUAUUGCAGACGAAGUCUUGAACGAAGGACAUGGACUAGAAGGUGUUGAUACUAUCGGUAAAAAAGGAGAAGAGGAGGAACAUCCUUGGCCAUAUUUGAAGUCAAUGUUUCGCUACAAUGGAAGAGUGGGAAGAGAGAACAAGAGCAUCAAAUUCAUAUGUUGCCUUUGCUCGCCACUUGUUAGAGAGAUAUCUGCGUUCAUUUCGUCGCCUUCAAACCUAAGAAAACAUGUACAGGUAAGCUGUUUUAUGCCUUUGUCUGUUUGGUAAUGGUAGGGUUCUAAAAACUUGAAAUUGCCACCCGGGAAUUCAUCGGAUGUAGUGUAGUGCAGUUGACAAAUACAUUUCUAUACAAAUAAUCAUGUAAAAUAUCUAAACAUGUUCCUCACCGGAGGGUGCGGAUAGAUAUUGGAAUAGCCCAAUGUGCGGUUACGUUAAAUUUCAACGAAGUUUUAAGUUUUAAAAAGGAAACUAGGUUUGUGUUCAGGUCAAUGUAUGUAUGUAAUGUUUGUGUGUCAUUGUGUGUGUUGGGGAGGGUGUGUGUGGAGGGGUGGAAUAUAAGCCCAGCUAUAAAAUUUAACUACCCUAAAACUCCGAUUAUAAGCCCUGGGCUUACAUCAGUUUGUAAGUGUUUUUUUGAUGAGCUUACACACAGGAAGGCGCUUAUAUUCGGGGGUGGUGCUUAUACAUGAACGACCAAGUAUUUUUAUUACUAAUUAUAGACCUGUAUAUUGGUUAAAAACUUAUAUAGUGGUUAUAAACCUGUAUAUUUAUUGUUAAUUAUAUAUCUGUUUAGUGGGCUUAUAUUGGAGGCGGGGCUUAUAUUAGGGGGGUGAUUAUUCUUGGAGUUGAACAUUAGUAAUGUGAUGGGCUUAUAGACGGGGGGCUUAUAUUCGGGAGAAGGCUUAUAAUCGGAGGUUUACGGUAAUUGGUAUAGAAGUGUUACAACUAGCUGUUCUCCUAGAUGUGACAAAUAAAAUUUUAGAACUUAUUUGAAAUUUGUGUUUUAAUGGUUUAAUAUUAAUUCCCAAAAAGGCUAUUUCAAGGUGUCCAAAUUGUAAAUAUUUAAUCAUUGCUUUACUUUUGAUGUACUUGGAUUGCAGAGGCAACAUCCACAUCAUCUGAAGCGCUACACAGAACUGACCAGUUUGAAAAAAAGGCAAAAAAGGGCUAGGGAGUCAGAGCCAUGUACAUCAAGUAACCCACCAGCAAAGCAGUUACGUGUUUAUGAGUGUAAAACCAACACAGUGUCGCAAAAAAAAGUGGACAGGCUUAUACUAAAUUUCAUCACUGAGGGCUUGCAGCCUUUCAGUAUUGUUGGCUUGUCUGCAUUCAAAGAACUGGUGACCAGCCUUUCCCCUGGAAAGACGGUAAUGUGUCGUGAAACUGUGAAAAAUCGUCUGAAAAUUUGUGCUACAGACAUGAAGCACCACCUUUGUGAAAACUUCGAGUCUGUCAUGACUGUCGCAACAACCACAGAUUGUUGGUCAGCCAGGGGGAAAUCGUACAUUGGUGUCACUGCCCAUUGGAUCAACGCAAAUGACAUGAAGAGAAUUUCUGCAGCGUUAGCUUGUCAGCGGCGUAAAGGAUCGCACACAUUUGAUGUCCUUGCAAGUGCCCUUGAAAACAUCCACAAUGACUAUGGUAUCGGAAACAAGAUAUGCAAGACCACCACAGACAAUGGUUCUAAUUUUAUAAAGGCUUUCUCUUUAUUUGGGACUGACAAUGUCACAAACACUAAUGAAAUGGAGGUCAACAAUGAGGAUGACGAGGACGAGGUAUCCGAUGAAUCAGAUGAUGUUAUGUAUCACAAUAUCACAAAGCAUCUGGAUGAAAACAGCGAACAUGAAGAUUACGACCUUCCCAGUCAUUAG